AUGCAUCAAUGGCCGCUGGCUAUCCCCGCAAUCCAGAUGGCUUUAAACUCCUCUCUGAAAACGCCAACCGGUAUGACACCUCAUCAGCAGCUUUACGGGAUGGAACUCCGCCAACCUUGGGACCUGCUUAGACAAGCGGCCCAACCGGAUAAGACCUUUUCCGCUCGAGUCGACGCUGAGACAGCAAUCAAGUUCGCAGCAAUGGCAAUGAAGAAACGUUACGACGCUCAGCAUGCACCUAUCCAUUUUACUGAAGGGCAAUUAGUCUACUUGAGGCUUAGGACAGCCUACGAUAUUCCUGCCAAUGUUGGACUCCCUCGAAAGCUUGCACAAAAAUAUGCAGGACCCUUCAAGGUUCUCCGCAGAGUGGGCAAACCGGCGUACCACCUUGAGCUCCCAGCAGACGAUGCACGCUGGCGCCGGAUUCACCCAGUGAUUAGUGUGGCCUACCUGGAACCAGCACCGCAGGGGGAUGACCCCUGGAAACGCUCACCAGAAGAAGGAGAGCACCGACCUACUACCGACGACCGUUUUCCACAGGAUACCGUCUACGAAGUCGAGGAGUUACUGAAUAAGAGAGUACGCCAUGCCCGCGGGCGUCAGCGAAAGGACGGAACGCGCAGACUUAUUACUGAAUACCUCGUCCGCUGGACGAACCGUCCGGAAACAGAGGAUGAGUGGGUUAAUGUCGAAGAUCUUAUCGGCUGCGCGGAGCUGAUCCGCGAGUAUGACGAACGCCACGCCUAA